GGUUGGUUGGAAUGUGGUGCGAAAAAUGGGAAUUUCGCUAAACUUAUACACUAAUAAGAAUAAAAUUUGAAAUGAAUGAAGCGCUACUGCUUAUAAUUAAGAGUAUAUAAUAAAUCUUACCAGUCAUGACAGAGGAAAUGUUCUACCGUCGCCAAGUAUCGCGGCAGCACCUGGAAGUGCUGGCUCAAUACAUGGAGCGGUACCCUACCCUGGCACUGGCUAGCGCACGCUCCAGGGAGGGGCACAUACAGUCUAAGAGGAUGUGGGAGAAGAUUGCUCGGACGCUGAACAGGAUUGAUGAGAAUGUUACGAAGAGUGGCAAGUGUUGGGCAAGAUACUGGAUAGACUUAAAAUUCAAGAUCAGGAGGAAGUACGCAGUGAUACAGAAGUGUCUGUCCGAGGGCACACACUGCGCGGUCCACCUCAACCCACUGGAGGAGAGGAUCAUCAAGAUCCUGACUGAUGAGGAGGGGAACCUGCUGCCUACUGCUUCCGUCUACCAUCAGAUGAAGAGCUACCAUCCUCUGCACUAUCCGUUAAAAGGAACCGUGAAAACCAACGGUCUAGAUAUAAAAGAGAAAAACACAAAAAUAGACGACAGCGGAGGGUUGGACACACUCGACGACCGAUCACAGGACGACUACCUUGUGACGUCAUCCCCUGUCACCGAACACAUAGACUUACCUCCCUCGGACAUCAAACCGAACAUAAGCAUAAUGAAACAGGACACAGAUCCCAUUCUAAUCACAGAAGAGAAGAAGUCAGUAGAAGAAUUAAAAAGAGAAUUAGUAGAGUUUGAGUUAAAGAAGCAGAAAGAGUUUUUUGAGAUGGAGAAGAAGUUUAGAAGGGAGAAGCAUGAGAUGGAGAUGUCUAUUUUAAGGUUGAAGAAGCAGUUGAUGGUUAAAGAGUUGAAGAAGUUAUAGUAGUGAAUAUGUUAAACUUGGAUCAAGUUUUGUGCACGAUGUAAAGGCUGAGUUUGCGCAACAGAGAAUAGUUUGAGCAACAGAGAGCAGUUUGCGCAACAGAGAGUAGUUUGCGCAACAGAGAGUAGUUUGCGCAACAGAGAGUAGUUUGCGCAACAGAGAGUAGUUUGCGCAACAGAGAGUGGUUUGCGCAAUAGAGAGUAGUUUGCGCAACAGAGAGU